AUUCGUUUGCAAUUCACCUCUUCACAAUCGAAAAACAAGAAUAAUACGUGAGGUUGAAGAAUGAAGCCAAUGGUAGUUGAUUAUUUAGCAGAUAUGGAAGAACAAGGAUCAACUAUGGCUAUGGAUGUUGAUGAAGUUGACGCUAUUGACAUUUUCGGUGAAAACCCACUUGGUGGUGAACAUGUACUCCGUCUUGCUGAUGCUGAUUUCUUCAAUUCUUUUCACGAUGAUUUCGAUGAUUCCGACAUUAACUAAAAUCGAAUUUCAUCCUUAAUUUCCCCUAAAAACAACUGUAUGUGUUGUUCUUAUCCCGUUUAGGGUUUAUUAAGCCUUUUUUUUUUCUAUGAUUCGUACGUUGUACUUAAUAACCUAAUUUUUGGAUACUCUAGAAACUUUUAUCAUAGUUUAUAUGCUCUAGAAAAGGAAUUGUUUUGUGUUUUUUUA